AUGGCUUCCAUAGGCAAAAUCACAGCUUCAGCACUAUCAAUUCCUAACGAGCUUACGGUAGCUGCAGCUGCUUUCAACAUUGAUUUUUCGCUUUUCAAAGUGGAAGCCCCGCAGGAGUUUCAUGGUGUACGAAAUGCUUUAUCAAUUCGGCGUAUCAGGGAUGCUGAGGGGGGGCAGCAUCAUAUUACCGCCCGUCAGCUUGGAGCACUUUUUGAGGCCAAAGUCCCAGCCAUACCUAAUUUGAUCUCCAGAUAUGGCUCUAGAGUUUCUGAAAUUUGCUCUAGAAUUGAUGACACAGCACAAGAAUCCGGGCCAUUCGCGGACCAGAUAGGGCCCGACGGGUUGAACAUCUGGGCAGGGGCUACGUCGGGUAUCGGAGGGCUUGCAACCCAUUUGCUGGCUUGUUUAUUAGCACGAGUCUGGAAACCUCACCAAGCAACCUCGCUCUGGGUAGAGAUUGUCGAGAGAAGGAAGCAAGAGAUUGUCGAGACGCUGAAUCUUACUUCAACAGCGGAGGCUGCGUCGCUUAUGGCCUCGCAGCAAAUAAUCUCUCGGCAACAGCUGGCUGCCUGGGAUGCCAGUGCUAGAGCCUGGCUUCAUACGGCCGAUCGCGAUAGACGACAUCAGCAUAUACAGCUCAAUCUUAUUAUGAACAACCUCCAGUUGCCUGUCAGCACCAUUCAUGAUCCUUAUGAGAGCGUGAUGGAGGCGUGGAUCUCUGCAUUGCGAGGGAUGGAGCUGUUGGUACAAGGAAUCUCUCAACGUGUCAGUACUGGAUCUAUCCUACUUGCAAUGUCAUCCUGGCAUUUAUACCCAGAUCUUGAAGUGUUACUCAAAGAAACUGCAAGCAUUUAUCAAAAUGACUGCUUGAUGUGCAACUCAAUUGUCACUGUCUCCUAUUCGCAGAACCGGUCUUCAGAGCGCCAGGGCGUUUCUUGGUCCCUCCCCCUUUCACGAAUGAAGUUCUAUUCUCAUCCUAUCACCACUGAGGGGUCACUAUCACUUGAUACUAGCAGGGUUACCAUGGAGGAGUUCUGUAUCGCAGUUCUUGGCAUCGUCAUUGGACCUUGGAAACAGCAAGGAUUCGACCAUGAUAUCUCGCUCAAGAUGAUCUCACGUCUUGCCGAGAAACUCGAACCUAAUGUCCCCUUGUGGCUGAAAAUGCUCGCAAAUCACUCAUCACUAUAUCUCAAAGCAUCUGGUCUCCUGAAGAAGCAAUACACUAAGCUCCUUGGCCGCGGUGUGAGAAGGGGUCGAGGAUUCCUGUACGGUGAUGAAAUGCCACUGCCCCCUUGUUUUGGUCUCACGGAUCUUCCUACCCUUCUUAAUUUCUAUUCAAACAAGAAUGGUUCAACACCCGAAGCACAGAUACGUAUGUUGCGCAAGAUCAGUUGGCGCCUAGAAUUGAAGCCAGAAGAUGUCGUGAUUCGCUACAAAAGAUUCAGUCGCCCGGGCGCCAACGCUGACGAUGAAGACUGGAUCUUCGAAUAUACCUCAGCUUUACCCUACGCCACUAAAACAGGAAAGAGGAUGCUCGACGGAACAUCCGCUAAGAAGCUCGGCCAUCACCGAUGGGUCCCGUUGCUGACCGAUUACGCUUCAGAAUCGCCUCUUAUCUCGUGCUCCGAUUCAAACGCUCUCUCGGAGUUUGAUGAGAUCGAUCUCAUGGGGGUGAAAUCGAGGUGUAGAUAUCAGCACCAACGUUGCGCUGGCUGGUAUAAUCGCCAGCACCGGCGUAAGGUUGAAUUGAAUGAGGAGGAAUACCAUUCUAUCCUUCCAGACGAUAUGCAUAUCGAAGGAAAUGAGAAUCGGUUUCUACUGUCUAGAUCGCCUUCUGAGGGUGUGGAGACAUUUGAGUUUGUAAUGGGCAUCAGAGACGAAGCCGCUAUAUUUAAACGAACCAAAGAAACAAACGAGAACUCGGAUCCUAUAUCUGGCCAACCGACUUCGGCUGACGGCCUUUCCAAAGUUCUUGCGACAAUCUUGCACGACUCAGUUUUGGAUGUCGACCAACUACGUCUCUACUUUAAUAAGUUCCAUGAUCGCUACUCAGUGGUCCCUCUCCUGUCGGCAUUAGCCUUCUCGCAAACAGUGUAUCAGGGUCUCAAAGGCGCAACAGUUAGUAUGGAAGCGCUCAUGGUUUCGCUACAGGAUAUGCGCUGGCCCAGGUGGUUGAGAACCGUACAGGAUGAGAGUGGAAGAUACUUGCACAACAUUUCAAGUCCUGGAUCGGACCACAGCAACUCUCAUGGCGAGUUGAGUCAUCGACUUGCCGUUUCAUUGGCCUGCAUCGCCAUGUUUGAGUCUGGUGAAUUCGACAUAGACCCGCGAGCCCUUCUCGGAACAUUCGCGUUGUCGUCAGGAGACUCGAUCUACCUGACUUCAGCCAUGACCACAGACCCGGCUCUUGUCACAGCAAGGGGUGAAGUUAGACGAGUACUGGGAAACUUGGGACGUCCAGAAAUGGUGUUCCUCGUUUCGGCAGCUAAGCCGAUGUUAGGAGGCUGCGACCUGUCAUCCUGGCGCAUGGUUGAUCAUGAGCCAUUCGACGGGCUUCUCUUGAAUUCCUUUACCAGCACAACCCUUCAUCUGACUUUGACAGACUUUGAGAUGCCUAUUGACAUCGGGGUCAGGGGCUUGAGGGAUACCCAAGUCGUCAUUCUGGAGUCAGUUGUGUCUCUGAAUGAUAGUGGCAAACAUUUAGGGGACUUAAAUAUUGUCAGUUGUCUGGAUAACUCUACGUUGUCUGUGGACUGCGCCUGUAGCCCUCAUCUCCCAUUACAGGGACCUACCCAAGGAAGAGAUCCUACAAUAGUACACCGGGCUGGAUAUCUAACUUCAAUCGAUUGCUGGGAUGAGUUCUUCGACUUUCCUUUGACUAAGGCUAUCAUGCGAGUUUCUGGCAACUGGCAGGGAAGGUUGGCAGCAGUUGCUGCUGGUAUCCAAAAGGGCAAAAGGGUUUUAUUACUCCCUCAACAUUCGUGUUUAACGUGUUUAGGGGACAAACGCAUAUUACAAGGCUUUGACUUAAUUAUUGCAUGA